AAUACACUCAUAUUCUCUAUACAUGACCUUUUAAUUUACAACAAUAACAUUUUAAAUUAAUUACUAAAUGGUUGUUCAAUAAUUUGCUUUCAUAACUGUCCACCUUAUCCUCGAGCCAUGACAGAAGCAUCGCCCAGUCCGUACCGUGCCCUGUGCACAGACAAGCAGCCACAGGUGAGUUAUGGCGCGCUCAGACUGAAAACCAGUUCGAUUAAAGAGAGUGCAUGAGUCACAUUUUCUGGAUGCGUUAUAUUCGGUAAACGGCCUCUCAAUAGGACAAUAAAGCAGCCGUUAUAAUAAUACUCAGAAAAGGUGGGGGAAGGUGGGGGAAGCUGCUCUUGGAGUGGCAGGGAUCCAAUUCCUGCUCAGAAUGUGAUGAGUCUGUGCUGAGACUCGAGGAAAUUCUGUCCGAGUUAGGUAACGACCGAUUUAACCCAACGUUCCUGCCAGAAAAAAAGUUUCCAGCCUAAACUGCGCAACGAAACACCCCUCCUACUUCUUCUCCUUCUAAAUUAUAAUUAUGAAUGAUGAUAUUUAUAUUUUUUUGUAGGGUUAGGAAUAGGAUAUGUGGUGUGUUUGAGCAUCCCAACAAAGGGUAAGCUACUGCUUUCAGAUGACUGCAUGAUACACAUAUUUAACUAUCAUGUCAGACAGACACGGGGAAAAAUGUCGCUCCAUAAUUAUGCUUGAUGAGUAAUUAUCCUCAAUCAGCGAACACCAACGUUCAAUUGUUGUCACUCAUCAUCAUUAAGAAUAUAAUAGGCUACUAUCAUCGCAACACCGCACUACGAAACAGCGAUCCAACCCACCUGGUGGAGACCCCGGCCGGUACUAGCAGUUCAGAGAUGAGACGAGAAGAUCUGGGGAACUAAAAGGAGAAAGAACAGACACCACUACAAACAAUGUUGCCUUUGGCUUCACUUCCUGAACAUCAGCACUCAAGAGGAUGUGAGCUCAUCAAAAUAACACAGGAGGCUUUGAUAGCCGUGUGUUUCUUUGAAGUCAGCAGUGCAGCAAACUCUGAAGCUCCGACCAGAAGCUUUACCACGGAUCUCCUGCUCUCCUGGGCCUCACCGACCACAAGGAACCUCCUCGUCCACCCUUCCUCUAUCUACAUCCAGACUUCCUCCACAUCCAACCUUCCUCCAGAGAGACACAGAGGCAGAGAGAGCAGAAUGCCCACCCCGUCCAACGGGACGCUGGAGGACACCCUGACGCGGGCUCUCGGCCGCUACCUGGAUGCCUGGCGGCGGAACGCCUCAGCGGCGGCCGACGCGCUGGACAAGACCCUGCUGGAGGAGAACUUCUCGAACGUGGAGUGGUACCUGGCCGUGAUGAUCGGCAUGUUCGCCUUCAUCGUGGUGGCCAUGCUGGUGAGCACUGUGAAGUCCAAGCGGCGGGAGCACUCCAACGACCCGUACCACAAGUACAUCGAGGGGGAGUGGACGGAGAAGACCACGCAGGGCUACACCAACGACGCCGCCAGCUGAGGCCGCCCGGAGGGACGCCGUCGUGUUAUCUUCGUCCUCACCUUUGGCAUCGUUACCAUCAUCAUCCUCACCAUCAUCAUCAUCAUCAUCAUCAUCAUCAUCAUCAUCAUCAUCAUCAUCAUCAUCAUCUUCCUUGUUAUAAUCAUCAUCUUCCUUGUAAUCAUCGACGGGAAGAAAAAUGGAAACGUCACUAAUUAAUCAAAAAAGCAUACACGUAGAAAGACUUACUUCACCAAGUUAAACGCCACAAUAAAGGGGAGUACAAAAGGUGUGUAUCCAUUUUAUUUUAUUGCAGCAUUACCGGCAGUUAUGUUGUUGGAGCAGGGUCCACCUCUUGCUACCUAGAUAGAAGCCCCUUAUGGAGGCGAGGCGACAGAGACUGAUAGGAGAUAGAAAGACCCUUCGUGAGAAAUCCUACUAGAAUGAGCAGCUGCUGUGCUCUGUGUGUAAAUCCAAUCUGAUUACUUUACACCGAUAGGAUAGGGAGUAAGGGUAUCAGUGGAAAUUAUCCACAUCGUUUCAACUCAGAGAUAAGAUCAUAAAAAGCUUUCAUAGUUUCUGGCACUUCAAUCACGUUUUCAGCUACAUUUUAAAGGACGUUUCUCUUCCCUAGCAGCGUUAUUGUUAUCAUUAUGAGCGCGUGACGGCUGGUUUAACCAGCCCCACCUGGCCCUAGUCAGGCUCGUUAGCUGGGUGAGAGACACCCGUUUUGAGCAUCAACCGGUUGCCUUUGUCGGAGGGGCCGAUAAGCCACGUAGCUGGAGAGCGGGAAGCGAACCUGCGACCACGAUUAGCUCCAUGUGCUCCAUACGAGUCGUACUUUCUUCAAAGCGAAACACGAUGUGGUUUCUGCAGUUUGUCAUUCUCUGGGAUAAUGAAACGUAACGUUAUUUUCCAUAUGUUAGUCGGUUUAAGAUUAUAAUUUUUUUGGGACAAACACUCACAUGAACACACACCACUGGAGCAGGUGAGGCCACUGAGGUGUUGUCCACUAUUGAGGUUUGAAAUAGCCCACACCAACGUAUCAACUCACCUUAUAUAUAACACGCUAGCAUGCAUGAAAUAUGAACACAGGUUCAACAAAAACACAUUUAACUUUCAACUUUGAACAAGGGGGUCAUAACGCUACUAUAUACUAAUAUCGACAAUUAUAAAUAAUAUUUUUUAAAUGAAUUGAGCGCCGUCAGCGUCAGCAAGCAGUGUUCUAUCGGACCCUCAGCCACACGGAGAACGUGAAGAGAGAGAGUGAUACUGUAGCGCUGUGGCUGAUUACAAACCUAUUAUAUCAUCUAUUUAACGAUUAACAGCACCCACACCGGACGUUCAAUUUGAGUUUCCUCCUCUGCAUUGUAAGCCGUGACAGUGCCCUUGGCCACCUGUUCGCUGGCCCUGUGAACUUAUAUAACUUAAAAUACUUUCGCCUUUUCCACUUCAGCUCCGCCGUUCUUAUCCCAUGCGGCCCGUCGCCUCCGCAGACUUUCGCAUCCUAAAAAUACACAACCCCCCCUGAUCUCUGGCUCUUUCCCCAAAGAACCCCCAGAGCCCCGAGAGCCAGCGACAUCAG